AUUUAAGGGCUAUUCAAAACAUUUGCAAUUAUCAAUAUAUCGACAAUCUUGACUGCACCCAUGGGCCAUAGCCUCGCAGCACUCUCUAUUCAUAACACACCAUAGCCUACAAUGUGUCUAUAUCGAAGUAACUGUAGAACGACCAAACUGUUUCCAAUCCGCACUAUUAUUUUCAUGACAGUACUCUGAUGGUGGACAAUAUUGAAGUAUUUAAUGAGGCAAAUGACUUCGUUGGACCAUCCCCCAAUGUGCACGGGUGCUUUGCAGCUCCCCCUUGCUGCGUGCAUCGUGAUCUCGCAGAUGCAGAGCCUCUUGCAAAAGAAGGGUCGCCUUCUGUCAUUGCAAAAAGAGAACUGAUAAAAAUUCUGAAAUAUUUGGAUAACACGCGAACACCCUGUGUGUGAGGGACCCAGCUCUGCUGCUGACACAUUUAGAGUUUAGCCUGCUUUACCACAACCAGGAAAAUGUCGGGGUCCUACGAUGAAUCUGCUGCUACUGCUGACGACGCUAUGGACAGCUUUUGGGAGGUGGGAAACUACAAGCGCGCCGUUAAGCGGAUUGACGACGGCCACCGGCUCUGCAAUGACCUCAUGGGCUGCCUUCAGGAACGUGCCAAGAUUGAGAAGGCCUAUGGUGACCAGCUGACCGCCUGGUCCAAGAGAUGGAGACAGCUGAUCGAGAAAGGACCCCAGUAUGGCACCGUGGAGAGGGCGUGGCUGGGUGUGAUGACCGAGGCUGAGAAGGUGAGUGAGCUGCACCAGGAGGUGAAGAACGGCCUGCUCAACGAAGACCUGGAGAAGGUCAAGAACUGGCAGAAGGAGGCCUACCACAAGCAGAUGAUCGGAGGCUUCAAGGAGGCCAAAGAGGCCGACGAGGGCUUCAAGAAGGCCCAGAAACCAUGGGCCAAGAAGCUCAAAGAGAUGGAGACUGCUAAGAAAACGUACCACAUGGCGUGUAAGGAGGAGAAACUGGCCGCCACCCGAGAGGCAGACGGGAAGACACAGGCCUCCGUCACAACUGAUCAGCAGAAGAAACUCCACGAGAAAACAGACAAGUGCAAACAUGACAUGCAGAAGGCUAAGGAGAAGUAUGAGAAGUCUCUGUCGGAGUUGAGUGCGGUCACUCCCCCAUACCAGGAGAGCAUGGAGCAAGUGUUUGACCAGUGCCAGCAGCAUGAGGUCAAGAGACUCACCUUCCUUAAAGAGAUCCUGCUGGACAUUAAACGCCACCUCAAUCUCACUGAGAACCAAAGCUAUGGCACGGUAUACAGAGAACUGGAGCGCACCAUCCUGGCUGCCAACACACAGGAGGACCUGCAGUGGUUCAGCAACCACCAUGGCCCUGGCAUGCAUAUGAACUGGCCCAUGUUUGAGGACUAUAACCCAGAUGCCACUGCUGUUGUUAAGAGGGAGAAGGUGCAGAAGCCGGCUGGGGCCCCACCGACCCCCAGCACUGACCAUGUCGCACCGCCUGGAGACCGCGGCAGCAUCAGCGCUGAUCAUGUGGCACUGCCUGGUGACCGUGGCAGUGUGAGCAGCUAUGAAAAGAACCAGGCCUACUCCACUGAUUGGUCCGAUGAUGAGGCGCCUGCAGCUCAUUCAGGCGGUGAGACCAAUGGGGGUGGGAAUGAAAACUCCUUUGAGGAAGACUCUAGCAGCGCCGGAAAAGGGGGUGCUGGGACCGGGACCGCGUCUGGGGUCCGGGUGCGUGCUCUGUAUGAUUAUGACGGACAGGAACAAGAUGAGCUCACCUUCAAAGCUGGUGAUGAACUGACCAAGACUGAGGAUGAAGAUGACCAAGGCUGGUGUCGAGGUCGCCUGGAUACAGGCCGAGAGGGACUGUACCCGGCCAAUUACGUCGAGGAGAUUUAAUGACCCCAGAGGAGGAGGGUAUGCCAUUGGAGGCAGCUCGGACUGUCCCAUCCAAUGGCACUGCACAGAGCCAGAGACUUAUGAACAACACAUCCCUUGCCCAACAGAUGCGCCAAGCAGUCUUGACUAAAUAUAAUCUUAGUAACGUAAGAAAAGACAAUAUAUCAAUAUUAUAUUCAUCCAGUAUUUGAGGUGGGGAGGACUUAAACACUAAAACAGGUGCAGCAUUUAUUCCAGUCUACACAAACUCAAACAUAACAUUGAGCCAAUGCAGGGACACAUUUUGCAUAUCUGUGCUGUGUUUGAUAUAAAGAUCAUGCAGCUGAUGUAAAAUACAUUUGCACUACAUUCUCCUAUAACAGUGUGACAAUAAUGUAACCAAUUAUACCUACCUACCCGUUUAACCAGAACAAGCUACUCAGCCUGCAUUGUGUGUAUAUGGCGCCAUUUUGUGUAGCAUUUUCAAUGCUAUGUGUUCAGUCCUCAUGUUUACAUUGGGAAUGCUGUGUAUUGUUAAAAGUACCACAAAAUGUAUCAUAGAUUUUAUUUUUUGUGAUUUGGUCUAAUCCCUUUUACCAGUGUGUGCAUUGCUACACUAAGUGUUUAUCUCAGAAUGUGCUAUGCAACAGGCUUUCCCUAAACCUCCAAGCCAUAUUAAGGCUACAAGAUGCAACAAAUCCGCUGAUAUGAAAACCAAUGCAGAGGAUCAGAGUUCACCAUUAGACACAGAAACAGCAUUGGAAUAGCACCACAAACUUGUGUCUGACUUCAUAACCGGAAGUGGAGUUGGUGUAUAUACCUUUUUCUCUCUUCCCAUCACCACCCUUGAAUCAUAACAUCUCAUUUCAAUUCAUUGCAGGGUAUAUCUACAAUACCUGUUAAUUGCAGGGUAUAUCUACAAUACCUGUUCAUUUCAAUUCAUUGGGGGUAUUAUCUAGAAUACCUGUGAGGGGAAUUGUGUAUUUUUGGGGUCAGUGGGCAUGAUAUUAUCACCAGUUUGCUUUUAUUUGAACUGUCAGUGGUAACUAGAAAGGUUUGAUUGUUCAGGUGACGUAAUCAGGCAUAUUAACUGUAAAUGUAGUUGUUUUAAGGAUAUAAAAUGAAAAUGUGGACAUGAAUGUAGUUGUAGGGGCCUGGAUGGAGACAUGCUGUUUUUAACUAGACAUGUUGUAUUCCACUGUCAUGGAGAACCCUACAAGGCAAAAAGCACUGAUGAACCCAUUCUCCUAGGGGCCCAAUUCUGACUUAGGAGUGUACGCCCUUUCCUACACAUGCCUUUCCUACUGCACUUCUCAGUAGUUGGUAUUCAGACUUACCUUAUGAAGGUGCAUAACAUUCUUUGCAGGCGUGGUUCCCUUGUGCGUGCUGAAUGCAUUUAAUUAAACAGCUAAUAAACCCUCCCACUUGCUGGCCAACAGAUUUUCUCUGGGAUUUUUCAUUCAAUAGGGUUUUCAGUACAUUUAUCUUAAGCCAUCCCUUUAAAUACGGUGAACCUUUCAUUAGAACUUUGACGACAGACUAGAAUACAUCUAGAGAACGGGUUCCAAAUAUAGGGAUCAAUGAAAGAAAGCCAUCUAAAUAUAUGCAUAUUCAUCUCCGUUUCAGCACCAGCUGGUAGAUUUAAAAAUUAUCUGAUCUUGUAGAUUAUGUAGGCAAAUUUUAAGGGUUAGGAAAGUAUGUAUAACUCAUAAAAAACUGGUUUGGAAAGCCUUUAUGCAUGAAAUAUAUUGAUGAAUAAAAAAUAGAGUGGUUUGAAUUAUCCUGAAAGUUAUCAUAUUCAAAUUUAAUCCAUGAAUUAGUGGAAGGUGUAUGAGGGUUGAACAAUAAUCUAGUCCUAAUCAUGGAACUGUUGGACAACGAUGGUCCAGUCGUUGUGAACCGUGCGCCAGGCUCCAGGUUAAACCUGCUACUGAGUUCCAGAAUGAUUCAAAUAUGCUAUGCUAUUCAAAUAUGUCCCAAAUUAUUGCACAACGUUAGCCUAAUAUGAUCCACUAAUGCUAGCAACCCUCAGCAACAACUACACAGAGGUGACAGAGGAAAGAAAGGUAAACAGAAUAGAAUAGAAGGAUGCAAAAUGUAAGCUACAAUAAAAAAAAAAUACUGACACUAAAGUGACUGUUUUAUAAAUGUAUGUGGGUAUUACUGACGGUGGCUCCCGAUAUUGGCAAAUAUUUAACAUGAUUCAAAUGGUAAAAUAAAAAGGAGAAAAACCUGGGUAUAUAAUUAAAACAUUCAAAUGUACAAACAUCAACUAGCCAGGUUCAGCCCUACAGAAGCCCAAAUCUUGGGUCUCCAAAUUUCAUCCACGCAAAUGAUGAGGGCACACAAUUAAAAUUCGAAAUAAUGGCAAAGUUAUUUAUGGCCUAUUUCACUGCGAAAAAGAGGCCGCAGUACAUGUCAUGUUGAUAUGAUUUUCAGUUUGCUUCCAUAUGACUGGUUUCACAUUCGUCUCCUGGUAUCAUAAGGAAAAAUCAUCUCAAACAAUUGCUAUGUGUAUUUAUAAUCCCCUUCUCCAAACAGAUUACUCAUUUACCUAGCUCUUAUCAAUAGCUCUUAUCAAUUGAAACAUUGCAGUGCAUGGAUAAUGCUGUUAUUUCUAUAUAAGAAAAAAAUGGAUGCUUUUCCAUUUGGAACCGGCAGAUUCACUACAGUGUCAAGGUAGUGGAAUUAUUAGGGAAUUAGGUCACGGUCAGAAUACGGCGUGUCUGUAGACAAACCUCCGUCACGCCUUCGUUUCUUAGAUCUCUACCCCGAACGAAUAGCAGGUGAAUAGCAUGCUAUUCGCAUGCUUAAAUUCAAAGUCAGUACAAGCAUAGAUAUAACAGUUCAUUAAAAGGGACUAUGUUCCAUUUACACCGCUUAACUCGGGUCGGAAUCGGCCCCCUACUGAGCCAAAGAAUGACCGAAAUCUGAAAUACAUAAAACUCUUUCCUCAUGCAAUAACUCAACUAUCACAUAACCCUGUCAUGCAACUAACUGCUACCUGUUGUCUCAGUAUUUAUUUGCUCAUUCAAUAGUUGAUCCACAGGGGGGAAGACAAGAGCAUACCACAGUGACUACAGUAUAUCAGAAAUCAUUUCUUUGACAGAAGUAAUUAACUCUACUUUAGAUUGCUCAUGGUAGUAUACUUCACAUGCUCACACACUCAGCCCCUGCUUUAAAUGCACAUACUGUAUAUACAGAAAAUAUUACAGUACUUGCUGACAAAUCUAGUUUAUCAGAUGUUUAUCCGAUUCAAAUAUUUUUGCCAAUGGUGGGCUAUCUAAAUCAGGCAUGCAAUAAUGUUGUGAGAGCAGAAAGCUUUGCACAGAACAGGGGUCAUGAACAUGAGGUUAAACCGCCUCAAGUUUGAUGUCAUAGAACAUUAUUAUAUUGGCAAGAUUUGGUUAUAGCUUCAGAGGAGAUUUCACCAGGUCUUGGUAUCACUGUUGAGAGAACACAUCACCAGCUCACAAGUUAUGUAUCUUAGUGUAAACUGCCCAGCAAAAAUAACUAAUAUCAUCAAAUGAUCUUAUAGCCUUUACACACACACACACACACACCUCGGGUAGAUAUUUUUUGGGAAACAAAAAUCUUUUAUCAUUCAGCGUGUAUGAGUUGUGUAAUUGUAAAUAAAAUAAUAAUAAAAAAAUGCAAGUGAUCAAAUACUAAGACAAAAUGUAGUAUCAUACAUGCAAAUGUGUUACAACAAAAUAACAGCAAUGGAAAGCAUAUUAAGUAAUAGGUACCAUAUCGUAUGAAUUGCAUCGCAAUGGAAUUGUCAAUGUACCAUAUAAGAGCGUGAUGUUACCCCACGCUGUGAGAUUUGUAUAUGAUGAUGUAAUUUAAGGAUUCUAUUCUAUUGUAACUGUACAACUGUGUUGAGUUGGAAAGGAAACCUAACUACAUUGAGCCAGUAAAAACGGUGUAUAUGUAAAUGCUUUUUUAAUGUUGAUUUCUCUCUUCCUUAUGCACAACAAGGGGGACACGGCUCAUGUCGUGAAACCCCUGUAUUAGCAGACGUGUGUAUGUUUAUAGUUAGUGAUGUAAUUUGAUCUCCUAACUGGUGUAGUGCCUGUUCAUCUUAAUGUAACACAAGGUUAAUUUAAAUAUGCAUAAAGAUCAUUAUGAUUAUGAUAAUAAGGAUGAUAUUCUGAAUCAAAGUUGUUGUGAUGGUGUCAAUAUUACAAUAUUGGUUUGAAAGGGGAAAACAAGUUUGUUGAGAAUACAAACAAAAUGUUUUGUG